GCGCAUCCUAAGUUCCAAAGAGGACUCACUCUAGACACGGGCUCUGUACCUCUCUGCUCUGUCCCACACCACCUCACCAGAAGGCGAAAAAAUGAAGAGCAUUUACUUUGUGGCUGGAUUGUUCAUAAUGCUGGUACAAGGAAGCUGGCAACGUUCUCUUCAAGACACCGAGGAGAGACCCAGAUCAUUCCCAGCUUCCCAGACAGCACCACUGGAGGAUCCCAACGAGAUGAAUGAAGACAAGCGUCAUUCACAAGGCACAUUCACCAGUGACUACAGCAAGUAUCUGGACUCCAGGCGUGCCCAAGACUUUGUGCAGUGGUUGAUGAAUACCAAGAGGAACAGGAAUAACAUUGCCAAACGUCAUGAUGAAUUUGAGAGGCAUGCUGAAGGGACCUUUACUAGUGAUGUAAGCUCCUAUUUGGAAGGCCAGGCUGCCAAGGAGUUCAUUGCUUGGCUGGUGAAAGGCCGAGGGAGGCGAGACUUCCCAGAAGAAGUCACCAUCGUUGAAGAACUCCGCCGCAGACAUGCAGAUGGCUCUUUCUCCGAUGAGAUGAGCACAGUUCUGGACAGCCUGGCCACCAGGGACUUCAUCAACUGGCUGAUUCAGUCCAAAAUCACUGAGCGGAAAUAAAUACAUCACUAAUCUCAAGACCAUCUUCACAACAUCACCUGCCAGCAACUUGAGAUGCUGAAAUUUCAAGUUCUAAAAACUUAAGAGAUGUGUUUUGAAACCAUGUUGUUUUGCAUGCCAAUAUGUAAUUAUUUUUAGCAUUGUGUAGCCAAAAGAUUGUAAACGAAGUAAGCUAUUGUCAGAACAUUGCUACCAUUUUUAGACUUAAAAUAUAAAAGUGCUGUCUUCUGUUAUUUUCUUAGCCAUUUGCCAAGCUAUUUACAUGUAUCAGUGACAUUAUUUUUCUAUGAUAUAAUUCAUAAGUGUAUAUAAUUAUCAUCACACAUGUCUGCAUUGUAAUGGGAGGAGUGAAGAAGUAAU